AUGCCUGUAUCUCAUCUUACUCUGACGGUGUCCCACCUGCCGACUUCCACCUCCUUCUUCCUGUCUUGUCUCCAGCCUUUGGGAUAUCAGUUCAUUGGUCGUCAUGACGAUUAUAUUGGCUUUGGCCAGGAACGUGGGCAACCAGCGGACUUUUGGAUAACAGAACAAAAGCCAGGCUCUCCAGCUGGUGCCGCACAUGUCGCCUUCCCUGCCCCUUCGAAGGAGGCUGUGGGUGACUUCUUCAUUCACGCCCUGAAGGCUGGUGGGAAGAUUCAUGGAGAGCCCAAGACCCGGGAUUCGCUAUCUGGCUACUAUAGCGCGGCGGUGAUUGAUUUUGAUGGCAACAGCAUUGAAGCGGUAUAUCGACCAGGAGAAGAACCCCCAGCCGCGCCCAAGUCGGAGGUAAGAGGGCCAAUAUCAGAGGCAAGAGGGCCAACCCUGGCUCUGCUUGAAGACGGCUCUCGUUCUGUCGUUUCCAAGGCCCCAUCCAAAGUGAGCUCGGUCAAACCACCCGAAAGCGUUGCAUCCUUCAAGUCAGCGGCCAAGUCAGAGGCCAACAAUUCCCGUGUUUCCAAGGCACCCACCAUCGUGCAGCGAACUACAACCUCGUCUUCAUCAUCAACGACCACGCGAGAGACCCAAUCUUCGGGCCCUACAUAUAUCAUACACACGACACAACAACAGCCCCCGAAAUCCGAUGGGGACACGACUGCCAAAACAGUCGUUGGAACUCUUCUGGGUGCCGCCGCCGGAGCUGCAAUUGCCUACACCAUGGCGAAAGCGGACUCCGGCUCGUCAUCAGAUUCCUCUAAUAUCCCAUCCCAGGGACGCUCCAUAGCCCGGGAGCUGCUCGAACUGGCGCUUCCACCGCGGAACCAAUCCCAGGCUCUGCCACAACCUCCUAUGUCAGCUCCCAUGCAGCAGGAGCAGUACAGAGCCAUCGAAGCGCCAUCUCCUGGAACCUACUAUCCUCAACAGGAUGCAAGAUCAACCGUCUCCCGCAGUUAUGUCUCCAAGAACCCGCAUGCCACUACCAUCUACGAAGGCAGCGAGUACUUCCCACCCGGUGCAGGAGGUAGCAUCAUCGAUGACAAUGGCGACGAUGGGAAUGGACGGAGAUUCUCCAGCGGCAGCGUAUACUCCUCCACACGAGAUAUGCCUCUGAGAGCCAUCGAAUACCCUCCACCCUUGGAACGGUCCAAGACCUUCCCCUGCAACCCCAGCACAUUCAUUAGCAGUUUCGUGGAUAAGCCACGCACAAUGGACCAAGCCAGCAGCGUGCACUCGUCAUCCACAAUGAAAGCGCCUUCCAAAGUCAGCAACCACUCCAUCGACCGUCUAUCCCACCACAGCCACAGCCGUAAUUCGCAUCAUUCAAGCCGUCAUUCCUCCACCUACCAUCACCACCAGGCCUCUUCUUCUUAUUCUUCCCCGAAAUCCCAAGCAGGAGGAAGCACCGCCUCCUCCACCCACACAGCCCGUCAUGUCCCCCUCCCAGACCGAUCAGUCGCCUCCUACCGCAGCAAGGCCUCCGCCGCCUCGGCCUACCAAGCACCCAUCCCCGAAAACGCGGAUGCCAGCACCGUCUUCCUGGACGCCGUGGACGUCGACCCUGAAGACGCCGAAUCGAGACACUCGCGUCGCUCACACUAUACUCAUCGCUCCUCUCAUUCUCACGCGAAUUCCCAUACCUCGAGACGGUCCAGUAAGUUCGACGAACCGGUUAAGCCGAGUGAUAGCGUCAGUCAGGUUUCGUCGGUUGCGUCGUAUUCGUCUCAGAGGACUAUUAAAGCUGAUGGUGGCGCGUCCAAGGUUGGGUCUAGGGUUAGUAGUCGCAGGGGGAGUCAGGUGGCUUGA